CAGUCUAUAGAGCCUCCUUCACGCCAAAGAUAUCGAGCAAAAUGUCCUCUAUUCUCGCCUCGCUCGACAUGAGUCUUGACGACCUGAUUGCUCGCAAGAAGACCAAGGCAACCAACCCUGCCUCUCGCCCAGCUAAGGCCAACAAGGAAAAGGAGGUAGCUGGUCCCGUUCGGAGCGGACGCCGACGCAACCGUAACCGUAACCAGCCAUACUCGCGAUCCCGCGGCGGUGACGAUGACGACAUGGACAUCGAUCUGGAUGAUACCCCGGACAGUGGCAACAACCGUGCCGGAAAGAAGCGCUCGGUGGCUGUCAAGAAAUCUGGAAAGGGUGGCAAGAAGGGCGGAUCGUCCAUCUUGUCACGCCUCGGUGGCAAGGAUGCGGCUAGUCCUGGCACUAAAAUUCUGGUGAAAAACCUUAAGUUUGACAUUCUGGAGGAAGAAGUGCGCGAGCUCUUCGGCACGGUAGGUGAGGUGUCCAAAACUGAGAUCGUGUACGACCGCUCUGGCCGCUCGAAGGGCAUCGCUCGUGUGUGGUUCGCUCGCCGCUCGGAUGCUGACAAGGCCAUCAAACAAUACGAUGGUCGCACGCUGGACGGUCAGCCGAUGCAGAUUGCGCUGGACUCUGACAAGAACGUUCGUAACGGACUCUUCGGCACUGCCCUUCAACGCGACGAUAAGGAUGUCAAGUUUAAGGUGUCGUUCGGUGAAGGCAACGACAAUGAGCAGUCCAAGGGCCGCCGUAACAAACGCCGUGUGCGCGGCAAUGACAGAGGCAGCCAGGGUGGUCGUGGCAAGGAAUCUGCCCCGUCCAAAACUGCUGAGGAUCUGGACAAUGAGAUGGACACGUACAUGAAAGACGCAUAAAGGUGAAGACGCGAUGCAUCCUGCUGGCCGGAUGCUUGAUGCUCGUUUCCUCCGAGUCUUCGAAAGUUCUACCCUGGCG